UGCGCCAGUGUGUAACGCUAUAGGCUGGAGGGAGGCAGCUGUUGCCAUUAUUUUUUACCAGCCAGCUCAGAUCCAUCUCCGAGCUCUCCCCUCCCCUGGACAGAAAGAAAGAUGACUCCGUCCACGCCAUCAUAAACAUACGACAACUGAAAGAGAUUCUUUAAAAAGUGAAAUCAAAUGGUACAGAAAAGUAGUAGUAUGUCCAGGACGCCUUCGACCCCAAACCAGGAGAUCCCAAUGGGCAUGAUCGACCACCAUGCGCACACGCAGGGAAAGUACGCCAAGAGGAAGAGCCGAUUUAAGCGCUCAGAUGGGAGCACCUCUUCUGACACCACCUCUAACAGCUUUGUCCGACAGGGCUCUGCAGACUCCUACACCAGCCGGCCGUCGGACUCAGACGUGUCCCUGGAGGAGGAUCCCGAGGCUCUGAGGAAAGAGGCCGACAGACAGGCUCUUGCCACGCUUGAGAAAGCAAAGACCAAACCAGUGGCAUUUGCUGUGCGCACCAACGUUGGUUACAACCCAGGGCCUAACGAUGAUGUUCCUGUGCAGGGCAUGGCCAUUUCCUUCGAAGCCAAAGACUUCCUGCAUAUUAAAGAGAAAUACAACAAUGACUGGUGGAUUGGACGCCUGGUGAAGGAGGGCUGUGAGGUGGGCUUCAUUCCCAGCCCGGUCAAGCUGGAGAACACCCGCCUGCUGCAGGAGCAGCGGAUGAGACAAAAUCGGCUCAGCUCCAGUAAAUCUGGAGGAAGCUCGAGUCUGGAUGUUGCCGUAGGAACCCGCAGGCCUACCCCGCCAGGAACAGCUCCCGUGGACACAUCCACAGCAGCCUUUGAUGUUGACCCUCUCGACCUUGAUGCCGAGGAGCCCCAUGAGUCCCAGGGUGACCCUCGCUCCCCCAAGGGCAUCUCUGGCAGCAUAACUUCCCCCCAGGCCAACGCCCACCGCCUGCCCUUCUUUAAGAAGAUGGAGCAUGUUCCUCCAUACGACGUGGUUCCCUCCAUGAGACCCAUCAUCCUCGUUGGACCCUCACUAAAAGGCUAUGAGGUGACAGAUAUGAUGCAGAAAGCACUCUUUGACUUUCUGAAACACAAGUUUGAGGGCAGGAUAUCUAUUACACGCGUGACAGCAGACAUCUCUCUGGCCAAACGCUCAGUCCUCAACAACCCCAGUAAACACACCAUCAUCGAGCGCUCCAGUACCCGCUCCAGUUUGGACGUACUGGCUGAAGUGCAGAGUGAGAUUGAACGUAUCUUUGAGUUGGCCCGAACCCUCCAGCUUGUUGCGUUGGAUGCAGACACCAUCAACCAUCCCUCUCAGCUGGCCAAGACCUCCCUGGCUCCCAUUAUUGUUUACAUCAAAAUAGCCUCACCAAAGGUUCUCCAGAGACUCAUUAAAUCCAGAGGGAAAUCCCAGGCCAAACAUCUGAAUGUGCAGAUGGUGGCAGCUGACAAGCUAGCUCAAUGUCCACCUGAGCUGUUUGACAUCAUCCUGGAUGAGAACCAGCUGGAGGACGCAUGCGAACACCUUGCAGACUACCUGGAGGCCUACUGGAAGGCGACACACCCGCCGAGCAGCAACCCUCCCAACCCUCUCCUGAACCGCACCAUGGCCACGGCGGCCCUAGCUGCCUCCCCUGAGCCUGUCUCCAACCUGCAGGGUCCGUACCUGGUUCACGGUGAGCAGAAGCGCGAAGGGGGUCUCACAGAGUGCGGUGGGAGCAGCACCUUGCAUAACUACGAGACAGACUUGGGUUCGAAGCCUCAGCAGCAGCACCAGCAGCAGGCUUACCUGCGCUCAUCCCGCGGCCAGCUACGAGGGGUCAGCGGGAGAGGCCUUUCCCGGCAAGACACCUUCGACUCGGAGACCCAGGGCAGCCGAGACUCAGCCUACACUGAGGCCGGUGACUCCUGCAUGGACAUUGAGACUGAUCCUUACGAAGAGCCCGACCCGUACCGAGGUGGUGGAGGCAGCCGCCUUCACCUGGCACAGCAUCACGGUCGACAGGCCUCCUGGGAAGAUGAAGGAGCCGAGCCGGAUCAGGAAAACCUCAACCACCCUUCGAUGCCGAGCCAGACGCAGCCUCAUGGACGGGCCAAGCUGAGGGAGCGUUACUGCCAGGACCCUGUGGACACAGGGUCCAACAUGAGCCGCAACAAGAACCAGGACGACUGGGGGAAGGAUGUUUACAUCCGCUGAGUGUUUGCUAGGAAGAUGCAGACUGAGGACUGAGGGAGAGGGGAGGAUUCUGGUGGUAAAGGAACUGAAGUGUGGGUUUGGGGCCACACCAGUCAGGCUUACAAAAAUGUGUUUACAUCCCAGUAAAAUGUAAAGAUAUACGUCACCUGCCAGAUGCCAUUCUCAUCGAUUUCUUCUUGCAAAUCCACUGAUUUCUGUUCAGAAGAAAAAGUAUAGAUCUGUUUUGUUUUUCUUUUGUCAAUACUGCAUGAAUAUCAUGGGUUUCUAUGCUGACAGCACAAGUGAUCUGUCUGACCCGAUCUCUCCUUCAGUUGUAGAGUGUGAAGGCUGGUAGGACUGUGGUCUGUCAUGUCUGUCCUCUGCAGUCUUAAACAGGGUCUAACGUCACUAGCCACGUUUCCAUUACAAAUGUGCGCAAAUCUUCUAUUCUGCUAAUAUCAAAAAAAAAAAAAAACAAUUUCGCAA